CAGAAACGUUUUGUGAACGAUAUAAUGUAAAUCUGCGCCACCACGAUUUUUCAACUUUUUGAUUGUAUACGAAAUUUUAAUCUUUUUCACAAUGACAGAGGAAGUUCAGAAGCAUUCUGUCCACACACUGGUGUUCAGAUCCCUGAAGAGAACACAUGACAUGUUCUUAUCAGAACAGGGUAUAACACCAGAAAGGGAUACCAAAAGUGAUGAAUUAAAAAGGAAAAUAAAACUAACAGAUGAGUAUGGACUUGUGAAGGACUUGCCGAAGGAAGGACAGAAAAAGAGUCAUGGCAGUGUCAUAGAGCCAUAUAAAGAUGGCAUGUGGCAAGAAAAUGGCUCAUCCAUUCAAGGCACACACCCGUAUCCUUCUGGACCAGGUGUUCAGUUAAGUGAUGGCACAAUGAUGCAGACUGAUCCCAGUCAGACUGGUCAGAUGGAAAUGGUUGCCUAUGACAAAAACAGAAACAAGGAUGUUCCAGCAGGUGCAAGUAUGCAUGAUAUAAGAGCCCAUCAUGAUAAGUCUGACCCAUCAAAGGCAUUAGUUUCGAUAGGAAAUCAACAAGCUUUGGUUCCAAAGAAGGCAAUGACAAUGCCCAAACCCAUCUGGCAUCCACCUUGGAAACUCUAUAGGGUUAUAAGUGGUCAUCUUGGCUGGGUUCGGUGCAUUGAUGUUGAGCCAGGAAACCAGUGGUUUGUGACUGGGGCUGCUGAUCGAGUUAUUAAGAUCUGGGAUCUGGCUAGUGGAACUCUAAAAUUGUCCUUGACUGGACAUGUCAGCACUGUGAGAGGGGUCAAGGUCAGUCAAAGACAGCCAUAUCUGUUCUCCUGUGGAGAAGACAAAAUGGUUCGAUGCUGGGAUUUGGAGUAUAACAAAACCAUCAGGCACUAUCACGGUCACCUGAGUGCUGUGUACUCCAUGGAUCUCCACCCCACGAUAGACGUGUUGCUGACCUGUGGGAGGGACGGGUCAGCCAGGGUGUGGGACAUCAGGACCAAGGCCUGUGUCCAUACACUGGUCGGCCACAAUAACACGGUGGCUGAGGUCAGGUGUCAGGCAGCAGAGCCCCAGGUAAUCACAGGUAGCCAUGACUGCACCAUCAGAUUGUGGGACCUUGCCAUGGGAAGGUCAAGGGUCACACUCACCAACCACAAGCGAAGUGUGCGGGCACUCUCACUCCAUCCAAAGCUGUACACAUUUGCUUCCGCCUCACCUGACAACAUCAAGCAAUGGAAAUUCCCCAAUGGAGACUUCGUACAAAAUCUCUCUGGUCACAACGCCAUCGUGAAUGCUCUAGCCAGUAAUGCAGAUGGUGUCCUUGUUUCUGGAGCUGACAAUGGAUCCAUGUUUUUCUGGGAUUGGAAAACUGGAUACAACUUCCAGAGAGUCCAGGCAGCUGCUCAGCCUGGAUCCAUUGAUUCAGAGUCUGGAAUCUUCUCUAUGACCUUUGACCGGAGUGGCAGCCGUCUCCUGGCAACGGAAGCUGACAAGACCAUCAAGAUUUACAAGGAAGAUGAAUCUGCAACGGAAGAAACACAUCCCAUUAAUUGGCGACCAGAUAUUGUGAAGAAAAAGAGGUACUGAGAAGAGAAACUUUGAGGAAAGGAACUAUGGCAGAAUAUAUUUUUAAAAUUUCUAAAGACGUAAAAAUUGAAAAGGGAAGUGGGUGGAUGAACAAGGCAGAUGCCAGAAAAAAAAAUAAUAAGUUUUUUGUUCAGAACGUGUAACAGGUUGAUUAACAGUGAAAUUGGGGAAUUUCAGUGUGCAAUAUCAGACAUUUAGAAAGGUCUUUUGCAUUUAAUGAGAAAUAAUGACACAGGACACUUUUAUUGCUUUUUAAUAAAAACUUCAACAACAGAAACAUUGAUAAAAUCUCUGGCUGGUGAAACAGCAGGAGAUGGAAACUUGAUGUACAUGAAUCCAUUUCUUCAUUGGUAAAAAAAAAAACCAUUGUCAACGUGAAUAAAUUCAUUUUUUUAUCCAAA